AUGGCCGCCGCCUCCUCCGCGUCUUCGUCACCCAAGAAGCUCCGCGUCCUGUGCCUCCACGGCUUCCGCACGAACGUCCAAGUGAUGCAGAGUCAGACGCGCGGGCUGCGCGAAGCUUUGGGCCCCGACGCCGAGUUCGUCUUCCUCAACGGGCCGUUCGAGGCUCGUGGGCGCACGGACCGGAUCAUUGAGCGCAUGUUCGGCGACACGGCGCCGUUCUACGAGUGGUGGGGGGCUCGGUCCCUGGAGAAGGAGGAGCGGGAGGACAUCGAGGCCGAGGAGGGCGUCCCCAAGGGCACCACCAAGCGCUGGUGCCUCGAGUUCGACGACAUCGACCGCGCCAUCGAGUACAUGGACGAGAAGCUCAACGAGCUGGGCGAGUUCGACCUGGCGGUGGGCUUCUCGCAGGGCUCCAUCAUGCUCACGAUCCUGUCCAUGUGGUACCUCAAGAAGGCCAACAAGUGCUGGUGGAAGCUCGUGCUCUGCGUCUGCGGCGUGUACCCGCAGGGGAUCAAUGUGCGCGAGCUGUUCGAGACGCACGAGGGGCAGAAGAUCUUGGUGCCGGUCCCGUCGAUCCACGUGGUGGGGAAGAAGGACAGUUUGUACAAGGACUCGCUCGUGCUCAAGGACAUGUACACGCCGCACGCCAAGGGGAGUCCGCUCGAGAGGCUGCUGCUGGAGCACGAUGGAGGACACAAGUUCCCGUCUCCCGGUCGACACCAGCAGUUCUAUGCAGACCUGGCCAACACGAUCUGGAAGUUCUUCGAGGAUUCACGCCGGAGCUCCGUUGCGAGACUUUGA